AUGGGGGUGGAUAAUGUCUUCAUUGCCUUGGAGGUUGCCCUAGCUGUUGGUGUCAUUAGUAUAAACCUGCUGGUCUGUGCGACUGUGUACUUACACCGAGAGCUGAGGACACUAACCAACUACCUGAUCGCCUGCCUUGCCUUGGCCGAUCUAAGCGUCGGGGCCCUGGCUGUCCCAUGCUCCAUCUUACUCAGUUUGGACCUCACUGUCAGCUUCUACGGCUGUCUGCUCCUGGCUUGCUUCCCACUCAUGACGACGCAGUUCUCUGUCUUCGUGCUGUUGGCCAUCGCAAUCAACACCCACCUCAAAAUCCGACAGCCCAGCAGGUACAGCAUCCUGGUCACCAAGAAGCGUGUCACUGUGGCGAUCUCCCUCUGCUGGAUCUCGGCCCUGAUUGUAGGCUUCACCCCGGCAAUGGGAUGGAACAGCUUGGACACGUCUGUCACCUCGGCACCCAACUUCACGUUCCUUGCCGCGAGGUCCAUCCUGAGGGAUAGGAUCUCCCUCUUGGGCUUCUUCCCCCAACCCUUCAAGGACGCGAGACCUGCCAAUCACAGCUGGACGACCAUCGGCCCGUGUUCGUUCCGCGGGGUCAUUUCCUUCAACUACAUGGUGUACUUCAUGUUUUUCUGUUGCACGCUCGUGCCCCUCUCGGCCAUGCUUGGGAUUUACACCGACUCCUUCCGGAUCGUCCGCAGGUACUUCAACAACCAGCAGUUCAGGUCAGCCAAGCGCAGUGAGAUCCAGACCGCCAAGACCCUCUUCCUGAUGGUGGGUCUCUUCUGCUUCUGCUGGUUGCCCCUCAACGUGGUGAACAGCCUGGUGUACUUCUGCCCCGCCUGCAGCCUGCCGCCCUGGCUGGCGAACCUGGUGGUGAUCCUCUCGCACCUGAAUUCGCUCAUCAAUCCGAUGGUUUACGCCCUGAGGAAAAAGGAUUUCGGGUCCGCACUGAAGGCAGUCUUUGUCCGCCAUGUGCUGUGUGCCGCCAAGUACAAGUCUUGCAUCUCCAGGUCGAAGGUCGGCCCUGCGUUUCACGUGACGAGCCCCUAG